CAGGAGAUUCCACAGUCCUCCCCACUACCCCCAAUAUUUUACAGUAUGAAAUAUUUCCCCACUUUGUAUUUUUAAAUCUUAUUUCAUUUUCUUGCCCACCAUUUUUGUCCUAUAAAUCGGCCCCCCCCGCAACCCGAAAAACCUCUUCCUCUUCCAUUUCUCUUCCCCCCUAUAGAUCUUGGGCUUCCAAGUUCUGCUCCUCCUCCUCUCACUCUCUUUCUCUCUAGAUAUUGCCAUAGUUCUGAGUCUCUGUUUUCCUCUAUUUUUCUUGUUCUUUUUUCUGAUUUAUUGGGUAGAUUCUGCUCAUCUGGGCUCUUAUUCUGGUGAUUUUGCAUAGGGAAAAUCCAAAAAAAGAAGAAGACCCAUCUCGUUAAUCUGUUGAAAUUAUAAUUCUUAGAAUCUCUGGCUCUGAUUUUAAGGAUAUCUGACAGAAAAAACAGAGACCCAUCUCAUUACUCUGUUGAAAUUUUUACUUGGUAGAUUCUGUCCCAUCUUGGCUCUGAUUUUGUGGGUUUUGGACUCGAAAAUCAAAGACCCAUCUCGUUACUCUGCAGAAAUUUCUAUUAUUAUUUAGAUCUGUGGCGAUUAAUCUGCCAAAAAGGAACCCUCUUUCUCUGUGUCUAAAAUCUUGAUGCAGAGUAUCUUGAUCUUCAUGUUUGACGCUCAUGUUUCCAGUUCUCAGUGAAAUACUCCGUUCGGGGUUUAUGAUAAAUUCCUCUCUCAGACGCAGGACCCAUCUCGUUCAAUCUUUCUCCUGUUUUUUCCUCUACUGGUUCUAUGUUUUUUCAUGAAUAAAGCCCUAGUCUCCCCUUAAUUUAUAUUACAUAACUAUAGUCUCUUAUUUUCUUGAUUUAGAUUCAUAUAUUAUAUCUGGGUCCUGCGUCUUUUUCCUUUGUAAGCCUAAGAAGACUAGUUUAGUACUAUAUCCAGCCUUUUUGCUCUUGGUGAUGGCUUCUUCCAGUGGAAACUCAUCUGGGUCAACUCAGAUCCAGAGCCCAGGCUCAGGAGAAGAUUUGCAGGUGGUGGUUGUGGUGGCGGACCAGAGGAAGAGGAAGAGAAUGCUAUCGAAUCGCGAGUCGGCGAGGCGGUCCCGGAUGCGAAAACAGAAGCACCUGAACGAUCUGAUGGAGCAGGUGGCCCAGCUGAGGAAGGAAAACAACCACGUCCUCACGAGCGUAAGCGUCACGACUCAACACUUCCUUAACGUCGAGGCAGAGAACUCUGUUUUGAGGGCUCAAAUGGGUGAGCUGAGCCAGAGGCUCCAGUCUCUGAAUGAUAUCCUCGGUUAUAUGAACACAAACGCUGGUGGGUUUGUCGAGACUGAGGAUUUUUAUGGGACUGUUUCGGAUGGUUUCAUGAACAAUUCGUGGAAUUCGAUGUAUCUGAAUCAACCCAUUGUGGCUUCCGCUGCUGAUAUGUUCCAGUGCUAAUCAUCUAUCUGGUCCGAUGGUCCGGACACCCGAUUAUUAAAAAAAAUGAAAAAAAGUAACGAAAUUGGUGGUGUUUGUUCAAUGGGUUUGAUGAGUGAAGAGGGGGAAAAGGGAUUAUUGUUGGUUAUUGUUAAUCUUCUGUUGUUAAGUAGUGUAUUAAGCAGACUAGGGUGGGGUUAAUCAUGAAUAAUAAUAAUGCAUUUGUAAUCUGCACUCAAAGUCAAAGGUGGAGUGCUUUAGUUUGUAAUUGGGGUGGGGUAUUCAGUGAUGCAAGUGGUUGUAUUUAAAUCUUGUAAUCUCACUUUGGUGAAGUCAGAAGUGUUCUGUACUGUUCUGUUCUUUUCUUUUCUUUUUUCCAUUUUCUGGCGUGCAAGGAAUGAUAUUGGUGAAACGAUUUUUGGACUC